AUGACGAUACCACCUUUUCCCUCUCAAGAUUUGGCUAAAUUGGUUCUUGGAUAUUUGGCAGAGGAGCAGCUUAUGACAGCCUAUGAUGAGUUUCUGCAAGCGAGUCCUUAUUUAGAUGCCUUUAGAAAUGAGUAUGACAGGAUAUUCAUGACAUCAUUAAAAAAUAUUUUAGCAGAAUACAGGGCUGUAAAAAUAUAUGUGGAAACUUGUAAACCUUUUUUACUCCGGAAAAAAAUGCUGCAGUGUUCAAAUCUGUUGGAUGUGGUUAAGCUAUUAAUAAAUUAUGCAGACAUUAACAAAUUAUCCUCACAGGAUAACAUCAAUGAUAGAAUAAGUGUUUCAAAGCAGAAUAUAUCUGUAGGGGCAAAAGAAAGUUUUUGUGAAGUAUGUGCAUCAUUAAAUCUGGCGGGCUGUGUGUGUCAAAGUAAGCAGAACAGAUCUAUUGUGCAUUACAGCCAUGUGGAGACUAGUAGCAAGGAGAAUUCUGUGGAAGCCACUGCACUGGAAGAUUUACCUGGGAAUCAAAACACUAGUAGGAAAAAAUAUACUAGAGUGGUGGAAAAAGACUCCACUGUGGAGUCCAAUGUAGAUGUAAGUGAUAAUACAAAACAAUCUACAACAUGUAACAGUAGCAAUAAUGGACUUAACUGCAACCAAAGCUCAGUAACGAAACCCAACGAAAAUGUUUUACUUAAUCUUAGUAGCAUAGUGAAACCUGCCGAUACCCCAGAAUGCAGAGAGAAGAUUGAAGAGUUCAAUAAUAUUUUGAAUAAAGUGUGUAAUAAUAAAUCAAUGAAAGAUACAAGGAUGUUUAGUGUACCCGAAUCUGAAUCCUUAAGCAGGAGGAUAUCAAAUUCAACUUUUCAAAACUUUGCAUCUGGAGUUAGUGGUAGUGACAGUAGGAAUGUCCCAGUACCUGAUUCAAGUACGUCUGAAAACUCAAGCAAUGGACAGACUCUAAAUAAGGAAAACUCAAUGGAUACCAAUAACACUCAAAGUGAUGUUUCAAGAGAUGUUAAUGAACAUUUAGGGAUACAACCAAGUAACACUUAUUCGUAUCCUAGAAUAAAACCAAAGUCUAAUGAUCACAAAAUUAAAAUUAUAUCUGACAUUAAAGUAGACAGUCCAUUUCCGACGUUAAGUAAUGCCACUUCAACACCAUUAAUGCAAACAAUUGUCAUCAAUGGUACACCAGCUUAUAAACAGAAACUUCCUGUAGCUAAUGAUAAUUACACGAAAGAUGAAAUCAUGGCCAUGCCAACAAUUAUUGUUGUUCCAACAUCAGCUCCUCCUUCACAAAUGACACAAAGACAGCCUGUACUAUCACAAAAACAAAAGAAAGUAAAAACAAAAACUACAUCAUCAAAAAACGUGCUUGGGCCUCUUGUCAUUGAUGUUUCGUCCAGUCCAGUCGUUAUAGAUAAGGAAGCUUCAAGCCAGCCAGGCGUAAGCCUACAAAGCUCUGGAAUUGAAACUGGUUUAGUAAGAACAGUGGAUAGUACAAAGAAUUCUUCAGUACCAAAAGACAAUAUCAUAUCAGAUUCAACUCAAACAAAUACUCCACAAGUCCUACCGCCUCUAAGGAAAUCAUCAUCAACACCUCGUAGAAAUUCACAUAUACGUGUCUUAGAUUUUGCUACUCCUAGAAGAAUAUUACAUGAAACUAUACAUGAAACAAUCCCUCAGGAAAAUAAUGCUAAGUCUGCUGAAGUUAUUGUUACCGGAAGCCCUAAUAUAGUGUUUCCGGAAACAACUGAAUGUCGUAGUAAUAUUAUCGAUAUGAGUUCCGUUAAAGUCCACAAAAUAGAAACGUGCCAUAUAAGUAACACAAAUGACAAUAAACCUAAAAAAAGUAAUUGGGAUGCUGACCUCCGUGCUCUAGCAAUAGCUAAUGAAAAAAGUGCUCAAACCGUAGUAAGAAAACCCAAAAAGAAUUCGAAGAAAAAAACAGAAAAGAAUAAUGUGUGUCAAGAAAAGGCAACUGAUGUAAAUUCAGAAUCAAAGAAGGUACGGAUCAAAAGGAAAAAUUCGCCGAAAGAGAAGAAAUCAAAGAGGAAAAAAUUAGAGGAAGAAGAAGAACAAUAUAAUGAUAUGGUAAAGGCUAAUGAAACUAACGUUACAGUUAAACCUACCUUUAAUAUUGUGACUGCCGACAAACUGAGCACAUCACAAGAGAGCACAAAAGUGGAUGAGACUCAAAACAAAUCGAACGAGGAAGUUCGUGAAACUCCAGAAGCCGAAAGAAUAUCAUUGCAAAAUGAAAUAGGUAUAAGAUUAAAUAUUUCCGACUUGUUAGAAACUCCCUACAAACAAGCCUUGUAUGAUAUUCAAAUGGAAACACCAAAAUUCCUGGGGUCGGUUCUACCAGAUGAACCAAUAUCAGACAUUAAAAUCAUGAACAUCCCCACGCCUCGAUUUUUUGAUACACCUAAACCGAUGCAAGCUACACCAUCUUAUUCAUCGCGUGCUACAGAUUAUUCUAGUGGAGGCUCUUAUUAUAAGCCUGAUGAACAAGAUUAUUUAAGAAUCCCUGAUUUAGAAUGCCCCGUAACCUCUUCUAAAGAAGUAUCCAAUACUGAAUUAUCAAAAGAAAUAAAUAAUGACAGUAAGAAACAUUCGAGACCUGUAAGAAAAUGUACUAAGAAUGUUUCAUACAAAGCUCAAACACUAAAAGGCAAGGUGACAGAUGACAAAGUGGAAAUUGUUUCUUCAUGUAGUGAAACGGCAAGUAUUAAUAGUUCCUUUGAACAUAGUAAAGAAAAUGUGAAGACUCCUAGAACGCCCAAAGAAAAUAAAUUGAAAUCACUUUUGAAAUCUUCAUCCAAAAAGAAAACAGACUCCAAUAAAAAGAGGAAAUCUCCAAUGAAAAAAGAUAGACCCAACACUUUCAUGAAAAUUAAGCCAAGGCGACUGACACCGACUAAAGACAAUAAAAGAGCAAAAAGAAAUUCAGUUGUGUCGUUAACAAAUUCACCAAAAUCACAAAUUAAGAAGAAAACAACUGGCAAAGAUAAAACUGUGCAUAUUACUCCUGCAGUCACAUCUGCCCCUACAAAAUCACGACGGAAAUCAUCUACACCCAGAAAAUUACACUGUACUAAACAGUUUAAUUCUGAAAGUUCAGUAGACUCUCCAGAGAAUGUAAUUAAUGCUAAAUCAGUUACUCAGGAUCAGGCUUUUGUCACUUCCCAAUGUCAAGACUCUGACACAGAACAGUUGGCGCUGCGUUGGUCUGACGAUGGUUCACAAGAUUCUAAACUCAAAGUUAGCGAAUGUGAAGAUAUCUCCAAAAUCAAAGAAUAUAUCGAAUCAUCCCUGCAGCUUAAAACUGCCCAUACUGAGGGUAAAGGGACUUUACAGGUGGACUUAAUCAAAAGAGGGUUUGACGCCGAAACGGCAAAAAUUAUCGAGCGGGAUUUGCUCGAUACCCCUGAUUCGGAGCAAAGUCGUGAGGUGUAUGUUAAAAUUCCUGAGAUUGAGCAAGAUGCAGGUUCUGCUGAAAAAAAACCUGGGGUAGAUACAAGUCUUACUACAACUGAUUUACAAGAAGAUGAAGAAGUGGCAGAAGAAGAAGAUUUUGAAUUAUCUACUUAUGAAUGCAAUGAAGAAAGCAAUAAUUAUAUAGUUUGUACCAGUGAGUCCAAAGAUACUCCACAAGGAAACCCUGUGACUUUAAAAGACGCGUGGUGUAUGGAGGUUUGCAUAGAGGACGGUGCACCUAUCAGAUUAAGAGCAACGUCUUUAAAUAUCUUAUUUGAUGUACCUCCACAAACUGCAGAAACUGGUUAUAGUUUUAAAGAAACAGAGAUUGCUGUAUGCUCUAUUUCAAAUGUAGACACACUGUACACUCCACUCAAAGAUCGCAGAUCUCAAUGUUAUGAAAUCUUUGAUUCAACAUUGACGAGUUUAGACACUCCCUUAAAAUUAAGCAGCCCAAAAGCAAUUAUACAUAAAACCACUGAAAUAGAAAUAGUUGUUGAAGAAGAAAAAAUGGAGACAAAAGAUAGUAAAAAAAGGAAACGAUUGCAAAGAAGUAGCAGCCCAGAGGAUUCUUUAAAUGAAACUAAGAAAACAAAACCUGAGGCCCAGUAUUUGUUUAAUUCAACUAAUAUACAGAAUAUUGAUAUUGAAUCAGUAUUGAAGAAACUGCACGGUCCAUAA